AUGGUUUUCAGGUCUCCUUUAGAAGCUUUAUCCUCACAUCUUUUCCUGCCCAAUUUCGCGGAUUCGCCCUCUGCUUCUGGCGGGCAGCAUUCCCAGAGCGAGGUCCCGGAGGACUACCGAUGUGUUCAGCUGCCCACCCUAAACUUCUCGGCGGAACAGGUGGCCAGCGUGUGCGAGACAGCUAGGAAAACCGGGGACAUCGAGAGGCUCGGACGUUUCCUUUGGUCGUUGCCCGUGGCACCCGGAGCCUGCGAUGCCAUCAACAAGCACGAGUCUAUCCAGCGAGCCCGAGCGGUGGUCGCGUAUCACAACGGAAGCUUCCGUGAAUUAUACCACAUCCUGGAAACCCCAAGGUUCACCAAAGACUCUCAUGGAAAGCUGCAAGCGAUGUGGCUCGAAGCGAACUACCAAGAAGCAGAGAAGCGGCGCGGGCCGUCCCCUAGGACCGUUGAUAAAUACGGGUCCGCAAGAAGUUCCCUUGCCACGGACCAUCGGGAUGGCGAACAGAAGACCACUGUUUCAAGAACGAACUCGCGUUUGUUGAGGGAGUGGUACCUACAGGACCCUUACCCCAAUCCAAGCAAGAAAAGGGAACUGGCACAAGCCACUGGACUGACUCCCACUCAAGUGGGCAAUUGGUUUAAAAAUCGAAGACAGAGAGACAGGGCGGCAGCUGCAAAAAACAGGCUUCAGCAUCACGGACUGGGUCAAAGCAGUCUGCGGUCCAUGUCAGAAUCGGGCUGCACACCGCACAGCUCGGCGGAAUCCCCGUGCGCGGCCGCCAGCCCCACGACCAGCGUCUCCAGUAUGAAUGAACGAGGCGACGGUGGGACAAUUCUCUCAGUUACAGACAGUGACUCUGAUUUCGAUGUAUGAUGCACCGUCGGACAAACAUAAAACAUUUUUUUUGCCCAGAGAAAAAUGAACUUGUGAGAAAAUGUGGGCAACAUGGGGGCCGGCCAUUUUGCCAGCUUGUGUUCGACAAAAGGAGAAAAGCAUGCUGUUUUUCCAGCGCUUCAACGGACUGACGCCCUUUUCUUUCAUUUCCAAGGCCUAUACACGACCAUUUUGCAUGUUCAUUUGUGAAUAUUUUGCAUUUUUAAAAGGCAUUUAUGAAGUGGAGUCCGAAAAAGUAGAACUCGAUGCUCGAUGAAAUGAGUGAAGUAAAGCGGAGAGGCAAUUUUGUUAUUUUGUGUUUAUCAGACAAUCGUUGAAGUCCAAAAGCACCUUUAUUCCCCCUCGUCUUUUACUCGACUGGAGAUGUUCAUACUAAUUUUAUCUCAAGAUUUAUAUUGAAUUGUCCAUGUCUGAUUCAAAGUUUUCCUUAGGUCUAGGCUUGUCUAGAUAUGCUUGUAUAUGGUAUCGCAAUUACGCCACUCUCUUUCCUGCAAAUUUCUUUAUGUUGUGUCCAUAAAGCGUGAGUAACUGUCUGUUAAGUGCUUGGAGAUUUUAAGUGUCUAUUCAUUCUGCUCGUUUUUAUACUGUAAAUGGGUUAAUG